UCAUAUUCACAAAAAUAAAUAAAUAAAUAAAUAAAUAAAUUCUUUACUUUUCUCUUUGCUUUUUUCACCAAGACCAAAGAACAAACAAAAAAUGGCAAAGAUUGCUUUGGUCGUUGUGUUGGUCUCGAUGAUGAGCAUUCUCUCGGUCCAUUCCGUCGCUGAUGACGCUGCGACUUCAACUACACCGGCAACAGGCACAGCAGUUCCGGUUACACCGGCGACAGGCGCAGCAGAGGCUAAGGGAGCCGCUGCACCAGCUGCUGACGCUCCAUCUGCAGACAAGAAGGACUCAACAUGGACCGACUGGGCCAAGGACAAACUCAACGACAUUGAGAACUUGUUCUCUUCAUCCGGAUCAGGAUCAGGAUCAGCACCGGCACCAGUACCUGCAACCGCAACUCCGGCAGAAACCACAACUCCAGCCGCAGGAAAAGCUUGAGCCGGGAGCUGUCACGACAGAUGGGAUAUUAUGCAAUAAAAUAGCAAAGCAUAUCAAUGUAAUAAAUUGAAAGUAUUCCAAUCGGCUAUUGUCCAAUAAUGAGGAUGUUCGGAUUGGAGAAUCA